CGACUGUGGAUCAAGAUGGCGACUUGCACAAAAUUGUCACGUUUUCUGGCUUCACCCAACUUAAAUCCGUUUUGUGGGGUGAUUAUGUGUAGUGCCAAAAGUAAUCAGCAUCACUCUGCUCGCCAAAAGUCUUCUUCAGCAGAAAAUGACAAUAAUUCAAGCAACCCAGCCAUAGCUUUAUCCAGUGAUGGCAGCACAUUUUUAUGCUGGCACCCACCAAAGAAAUUUCCCUAUGAAAGUACAAAGCCUGUACCAAGAUUUGAAGAAGCAGUUAGAGAGGGUGACUCUGCCCUCAAAGUUCAGUAUCGUUGGGAUUACCACAAGAGACAGCGUCCCUCUGGUCCUACAACACGGGAACUGUCUGAGAUGUUUUAUACCUACAGAUGGGAGUUCAGACCUAGGCCAGGGAAAUAUAAAUAUAGAAAACCAAACCCUCCUCGAGACAGGGAUGGUAUGUAAGAGAGACACGUCCUACACAUUGGUGUUUACUGAUCAAAGAAGAUGGUAUAUUUAAAAUUUCAUAGACAGGGGAACACAAAAAGGCAGUGGAAACAUUCAUAAAGGGAUGUGAUUUGUGAAGUCUGCUUCUGUGAAAAGGGCUUGUGUAUGAAGAUGGAUGGGAACAAGGGCAGGUGGACAGAACGUGAUGUCAGUGUAAUAUAGAAUGCAAUCAUGGGCAGAUCCAUAGGGGUUAUUAGAAGCUGUGCCUUUCCUUUUCCAAAGAUAGGCUUGUUUAUCUACCCAUCCACCCCCAGCAUCAAAGAAAAGAAGAAAUCCCACUCUCUGAGACCCUCUGAACAGGGUUUUCACAUAUGUAAAGUAAGUUCAUAAUUAGUGAAAGAAAAGGGGAAACGGAGGGUGGAAAUAUCCUGGUUCCAGCAUUAAUGGCUGUGCUAUUUUCUUUUGAGAAAUGGCUUUUUCAUUUCUCACUUAUUGGUAAGUGCACUAACUUUGAGUGAGGUUACAAUUGACAUACAGACAGGAGAAUUUUAACACGUAACUUUGAAGUGAUGAUGUUCAAAUUGUCAACUUAUUAAGAUUGAGAGAAGCACUUUGAUGUCAAUCUUCAUUUUUUUUAAGUUCAGGAAUAUGGGUCUCAUAGGCAACUUCCAAAGUGUACUUUGCAUUCAAAGUGACAGCCAUUAAAAUUAUUUUUUUACAUCACCUUUUUGGGUUCCGACUUUAACAAUAUGUCAUAAAUGGUGGCACAAACUCAUUUUGGAUAUUGGACAACAACAGUUACUUAUGAAAAUGGAAUAUAAGACAAAUGUAAUCUCUUUUUUGUAUUAAAAUUAUUUUUAUUGAA